GGACCCCCGCAUUCACUAUAUAUGGUCCUCCCCGAACCCUGCAUUCACUAUAUCUGGUCUCCCCGCACCCUGCUGCUGCCGGGACACCUGCAUUCACUAUAUCUGCAAUUCAUUACUUAUCUGGUCUCCCAGGACCCUGCAUUCACUAUAUCUGCUCUACCCGGACCCUGCAUUCACUAUAUCCGGUCUCCCCGGACCCUGCAUUCAAAAUAUCCAGUCUCCCGGACCCUGCAUUUCACUAUAUCUGGUCUCCCCAGACCCUGCAUUCACUAUAUCCGGUCUCCCCGGACCCUGCAUUCACUAUAUCCGGGUCUCCCAGGACCCUGCAUUCCCUAUAUCAUGGUCUCCCCGGACCCUGCAUUCGCUAUAUCCGGUCUCCCCGGAUCCUGUAUUCACUAUAUCCGGUCUCCCUGG